GACAUUGCAUACUUCAGUGUUAUUCAGUGUUAUUAAAGUGCUAACCACGCAGGCCACGCUGCGCAUUCUGUUUAGACAAGGCAAUUGCAGAAAUUGCGCAGUGAAAGGUAGACUCUUUCCCGUCGUCUGUGGGCCUGUUACGCCAGAUUCAACGCCAUGUGCUCCACCGACAGUAACAGCAGCAUGAACAACGGCACGCAGCUCGACGACGUCGGCGAUGCAUUCGGAUCGUUUGGCAGGAGCAGCACAGUGUCUGCUCCCCUUGUAGCACAAUUGACACAGUUGGCACCUACCCAGCGUUAUGCCACAUACUAUAACAUGAAUCAUUCCAAGCGUGGCAUAGCUCUCAUCUUCAAUCAUGAAUUUUUCACCGUCCCACAUCUUAAGCCUCGCUGCGGUACAAAUGUCGAUUGUGAAAAUUUAAUCAAGACUCUGAAAAAUCUUGGUUUUGAGGUAAACGACUUUCACAAUUUGACCCACAAGGAUGUGGUAAAACAAUUGGAAAGAGCUUCGGAAAUGGAUCAUUCCGAACACGAUUGCCUGGUGAUAGCUGUGCUAAGUCACGGUGAACUUGGAUUGCUCUACGCUCAUGACGCUGCGUACAAAGCAGAUAACCUGUGGUACUACUUCACUGCCGAUAAGUGUCUGAGUCUCGCUGGCAAACCCAAGUUGUUCUUUAUACAAGCUUGCCAGGGUGAUAAGCUAGAUCCCGGCAUUCCUCUUAAAGAACGUACCGAAACGGAUGGGCUUGUCCCAACAUUCCGCAUUCCCACUCAAGCGGACUUUCUCAUUGCUUACUCGACCAUUCCAGGUUAUUUUUCCUGGAGGAACACCAGCCGCGGAUCGUGGUUUAUGCAAGCAUUGUGCAUGGAGUUACGCGAUAACGGCACUCGUUACGAUUUACUGACUCUGCUGACAUUUGUAUGCCAACGCGUUGCCCUGGACUUUGAGUCAAAUACGCCCGACAACAUGACCAUGCAUCAGCAGAAGCAAAUCCCAUGCAUCACCACUAUGCUGACGCGCUUGGUAAAAUUUACAUCCAGGAAUGGAAUUGUAUAGCCUGUAGAGUAAAGAAAUUAAUUACAUCGCAUUUAUGUACCUAUUUGCGGCAUACAUUGGGUCAUAUCGUUUAGCGCAAAUGGGCAAGACUGCGAGUGGUGCAGGUAUCACUUUUAUUCAUGCGCCACAAUUCGGCAAUAUGAUUGUCGCCUAUUACAUGCUAAAGACUUAGCAUUUUAUAUAUACUUAAUAUCAGUUUAAGAUAAUUUUCUAAACUGUUCGUGUUCUAGUAAAAGUAUCUAAAUUAACUGUAGUAAUAUGAGAUAAUUCUUUCUUUGGUUUAAAAAGUUUUUAUACAGGUAUACUUUUCUUUCUUUUUUUUUUGCUCACAUUAUUGUUCCUGCCGUCUCUAUUGAGGAAACAGAUCAUUGAACUGCCAGAAACUUUUAACAUUUUUGUUUUCAUUCAUAUCCUCCUAUAUGACAAAAACAUUAUCUUGUGUUGUGAUAAAAAUAGCAUUUCCAUUUUUUGUAACAUUUUUAGUUAAUAAUUAUUUACGAUAAGCCUCAAAACAUCUGAACAAAUUUAUUUAAAGGGAACUUCAGAAGCAACUAUCGUGCUUGUGACAUUGCCGUUUCAUACAAUUAAGGUAUAUAAUAAGUACAAAUAAAGAGUUAUCGACUGCAAAAAUAUACAUUAUAUACUAUAAUCUUAACCAUAUUUUUCAUCAAUAAUUCAUAUAUAUAUUUAAAAUAUACAUAUAUGAAAAAGGAUUAGCUACUCAUACGUAUCCUAUUACAGUAGCAUUGAUGUUACACACAUACAAACGGAAUAUUUUUUAAUUAUAUAUUGUAAAUCGCAUGUGUGUGUAUAUGUAUAUAUACAUAUACAUACACACUCAUAGCUCGUAUACUCACAUACACUUGUCUCUUGAUUUACGCGGUAUUUUUUUACAUGGUAAAUAAUCCCACCCCUGUAUACGCGAUACUUUUUAUACAUGGUCAGAAAAAUAUUUUUAAAAGAAAUAUAUGGAUAAUGAAACUGAAGUAGAAGUGCCAAAUAUUUGUAAUAACACAAGAAUAGUAGCUUCAAAUCAGUUAAAGAGAAAAGGUUGACUAAUAAAUUUUGUUUUCUAAACUUUUAUUAUUAUUAUUGUGCAAACAUGUGAAAUAAAUAUUUUUACAGCACACACAAGCUUUUAUGUAUUUGUUUUGAAGCGAUAGAAGAUUGAAGUGACCCCUUUGAUAAUUCUUAACCGUAAAAGAAACCAUGUAGAACGGAUACUCCACGUUAAUCAAGGAACGAGUGUGUGUGUGUGUGUGUGUUGCAUAAGUAAUAUGUAUGAUGUGACUGUCCUAAUCUUUACGAUUAUGUGUGCGCGCGUGUGUGUAUGAGAUAAAGCAUUUAAAAUGUUACCAGCUAUCAUCUCUGAAAAUACGCAUAAUGGCAAAAUAAGUUUUAAAUAAAAGUGAUAUGAUCUGAAUGGUAAAAUCAAUUUUCAAAAACUAAUUUUAUCGCUAUUUAUCCUCAUCGAGACCAUACAAUUUUUAUCUAAAACAUUUUUUACUUUGAUACGUCCUUUCACGGAUAAUAGUUUGUAACACUUGAAUGCUCCACACACAUGCGCACACAAUCUAUAGUGUACGUGACCUAUAGAUUUUCAAUGCUAGCAGUGAAUAUCGCAAUUCAGCUGGUAAAAGUAACGUGUGUAUAUUCUAUGCAAGAAGUAAUAGCUUGGCAUACAAAACAAUGUUUAACAUUUAAUUUUACAAGGCAUAAUUAUGAUUUGAGAUAACGUAGUUGUAAUGAAUUGCAACUGCAAUGAAUAUUGGAAUGUUACAAAAAUGUUAAGAAGAAAAGGAGUAUAUGAGAGGAGUCGCAUUGUAGUUAAACUGUUAAGAUGCAUUACCUUGCCUGCAGAUACCGAGAUCAUCGGGUAUGCAUUGUGUCGCUAGAUUAAUGAGCAUAAUUAAUUAGAUAAGAAUUUAAGAGGAACGGAUCAAUUAGUGUUACGGCGGUGAUUGCUGUAUUCGCAAGAGAAACAGAAACGAAAUUUGCGAAACGUGAUACAAAGUCUUUCAUAGUGAGAGUAAUGGAAUUUAUAUGCCUUAUACACAAUUGUUUGAUAACUAUGGUUAAACUAUGUAAGACUACUGUGUACUAGCGUACGCAUGACCGCAUGACAUAUAUUUAGACAUUUUUUAUAUUCAACAGUAGUCUCUGCGAAUCGUGUUCUCACUUAUUGUUCCUCGUAUAGUAAGAUAUAUAUGCAGUUUACCACACAAAUGUAUUUUGCAAUAUGAACAUCUUAUCUAAAUGAUGUUAUAAACUAUAAAGCAAUUGCUCAAAGAUACAAGAUGUCAUUGCAAAAUAUAAGAUGACACAAUGUCUUGCAUUGUGCGUUGUGAUAAGUGUGUGCUAAAAAUAGCCACUACGUAUGACACAUGAAUCCGUUUGGAAAUUGCAUUUUUCAGAAUCAAUGUUACCGGAGUAUUGAAGCAAUUUUACAGUAUCUUUAUAUAUAUAUAGCUUUAGUGCUAUUUUGUGUGCUUUGUAUCGUAUAUAUUUGUAAUAUCUUUCUAUACACGAACUUGUAUACAAAUUUACACAAUAAAUUGAUAAGAUAUAAUGUA